UCAAAGAAUGAUAUGUGUGAACACGUUUCCUUGCGUCUAUAGAAUUAGAAACGUAACAGUGCUGAUGUUAUUUCUCAACCAUUACACUACACCAAUAAUCUUUCUCUUUAGACAAGCACAGUACCACAUGCUUGGAAAGAAGCAAAGGUUGUUCCAGAAAAUUACCGACCCGUAUCUGUACUACCGAUUUUAUCAAAACUUCUUUAAAAGGCAGUGUGUACGCAAUUGACAAAUUUCCUUGAAAGUAACAAUCUUUUAAGUGAUUGUCAGUUUGGAUAUCGGGAAAACAGAUCCACCGACUUGGCUACUUCUUCUCUCAUUAGCAACAUUCGAAUGAGUGCAGAAGCUAGAAUGUUGACCGGUGCAAUAUUUCUAGACUUAAGUAAAGCUUUUGAUACUAUAAAUCACGAUUUUAUUAAUAAAAAGCUUGCUUCGUAUGGUGUUUUAGACAUGGAGUUGAGAUGGUUUACCGACUACUUCUUUUGUCGAUCGCAGUGUUCACCAAAAUCUAAUGUUUAUAGUGGAGUUCCUCAGGGUUUAAUAUUAGGACCGUUGAUCUUCCUAAUAUUUUUUAACAACUAUCGAAGGCAAAAUGUAUUCAGUAUGCUGACGAUACCAUGGUGUAUUUCUCUAGCUCCAACUUUAAUGAAAUCGAUAAUAAUAAUAAUAAUAAUAAUAAUAAUAAUAAUAAUAAUAAUAAUAAUAAUAAUAAUAAUAAUAAUAAUAAUAAUAAUAAUAAUAUUAACGCAUCAUAUUAAAAUAUUUGAAUUGCACGAACAUGCGAAAUACUGUUUACUUGCGUGUUUUUCUAUUUGGAUAUCCAUCUUUAACUUUAAAAAAAGGAAUCGUGACACAAUAUCCAUAAUCAUUGAAUUUUUUUUCUGCACUAAAGAAGUCUCUGCACUUGGAUUUAAAAAAUGAAGCUUUUAUAGAAUUUAGGGGUUCUGUUAGUUCUGGUGUAAUGUUUAGAAAAAAUGAUAUGAGUCCUCUUUAACUCCCCUACUGAAGAGAAUGUUUUAAAAGCAUGGCAAUGUCAUCCUUUUUUAUUACGAAUUUUUUUAAUCAUUUAUUAAAACCUCAGUGUUGACUACUGUACAAUCUAUUCUAACAAUAUUGAAAUUAGCACAUUAAUAAAACAUCAAUUGAAGGAAUUUUCUAAAGAAAAAAAUCAAAUUUUAAAGAAAAACUAACGCUGGAUAAAAAUGGAAAGUCCUGCAAUUUCACGGAGUGUGCGUCCAAUGAUUCGACGUUUGACCAUAUCUGGUGAAAGUAGCGAGCCAAUCAAUGUCAAUUUUGAAGAUGUGUCGGCUGCUGCAUAUCGCAUUAAGAACGGGAUAAGAAGAACACCAUGCGAGAUAUCUCCACGUUUAUCGUCCAUGUUUGAUAUGCAAGUAUAUGUUAAAAGAGAUUACAUGCAAGUUACAGGAAGUUUUAAAGAAAGAGGAGCAAGAAAUACGCUACUUAUGCUGACAAAGCAUCAGCAAGAAUUAGGAGUGAUUGCAGCAUCCGCUGGUAAUCAUGCAUUAGCAUUGGCGUACCAUGGUCAAACCUUAAAAAUUCCUGUCACUGUUUGCAUGCCGAUGAAUGCACCGAUCAUGAAGAUAUCACAAUGUCGAAAGUACGGUGCGACUGUCCAUGUCAUUGGAAAUGAUAUUAUGGAGGCUAAAAAUCACGCUAUGAAGAUUGCGCGAGAAGAUGGUUUAGCUUACAUAAAUGGAUACGAUCACCCACAUAUUCUAGCUGGUCAAGGUACUUGCGGGUUGGAAAUAGCUGAGCAAGUUGAUAACAUCGAUGCUGUUGUUAUUCCAGUGGGCGGGGCUGGACUAAUAGCCGGGUGUGCAGUGGCGCUGAAGGCGUUACAACCUAAUUUAAAAAUUAUUGCUGUUGAAAGCGACAGAUGUGCCAGUUUUAAAGCCGCCAUGGAUGCUGGCGGACCAGUGCAAAUUUUAGCAGAUCAGUCUUUGACAUUAGCUGAUGGUUUAUGUGUUGCAAAAGUUGGUAAUAACGCCUUCUUCACCGCCCGACCUUACAUCGAUAAAUUGGUGCAAGUUGAUGAGGCAUACAUUGCCAUGGCUGUCCUUCGCUUGGUAGAAGAAGAAAAAUGUGUGGUUGAGGGUGCAGGAGCCACUGGGCUAGCUGCAGUUAUUGGUGGAAAGCUGCCUGAACUGAAAGGGAAAAGAGUGGUGUUUCCAUUAUGUGGAGGUAACAUAGAUUCCACUGUACUUGGCAGAGUGAUAGAUCGUGGCUUAGCUGCUGAUGGUCGAUUGAUACGAUUCGCUGUGGUGAUUUCUGAUCGACCGGGUGGUCUUGCUGAAUUAACUAAACUGCUCGCUGAUAUGUGUGUCAGCAUCAAAGAUAUAUUUCACGAAAGGGCGUGGUUGAAAACAAGUGUGUUUACGGUCAAGAUUAAAGUCAAUGUUGAAGUUCGUGAUUACAACCAUGGUCUCGAAUUAAGAAAAGCAUUAGAAGAAAGAUAUGAUUACGUCAUUUGGGGUUCCGAGGCCGUCAACGACACUGUGCAAGUUAAAGAGAGAAAGUAACAGCUUUAAGGUUUCUUAAUUUUCAACUGCAGGUUGUUUUCCCACUUGAAUUAAUCUGUUCGCUAUUUGAUUAAUCGAUUUCACGGAAAAAUGAGUUUUUGCGAUCUAUUGUUUCAACAAGGGUUGGUCUGUGUUUUGUGUUUAUAAUCCUUAAUAUUUUGUAUAUCGACUAAUUCGCCAUUCUUUUCACCAGAGCUCUUUGAGAUAAACCUUUCGAGGUUUAUCACAAAGAAUCUUGGGGAAGAGGAUGCUAAUUUACAAGAUUUUCUCAAUAAUAAAUUCUUUAACAUUUUUUUUGUUGCAAAAACUUCUCUGCAAUUUAUAUCAAAACAAGUAAAUACGUAUUCAUAUAUGGGCAGUGGUACCUCCAUGAGUCCACACAACCAGAUUUACUUCAGUGGGAAUUCAUCUUUAUUUUUACAGUUCCUAACAAAAACUUCCGUAUUAUAAUGUUAUCAUUUAACUUCUGGCUGACAAUUUCUUUUUGUUGUGUUUGAUUAAAAAAUUCGUGCAAAAUAUUAAAUCGUAUCAAAUUUUUUUUACC